AUGGGCACCUUAUUAUUAGAAGAAUACAAAGAUGUAAGAAUAGAAGUUCCCUGGGGCCAUAUCUCCGGUCGUUGGUAUGGAAAUCGAAGGGAAAGACCAAUCCUAGCCAUUCAUGGCUGGGUAGACAACUUGGGAACCUUCGAUCCACUGAUUCCGAUGUUACCCGAUGACCUAGGAGUGCUCUGCAUUGAUUUACCUGGCCAUGGAAGAUCAACGCACUAUCCGGCGGGAAUUCGUUAUAGUGCCGAGGAAUAUGUGCAGAUAAUUCCGUGGAUUAUGAAGAAAUACGACUGGAAGAAAGUCUCCCUAAUGGGUUACUCACUUGGCGGAUUUCUCAGUUUUUAUUACGCCUCUAUCGCUACGGAAAAAGUGGAUUUGAUCAUCUCCCUAGACUUGUUGCUACCUAAAUUUAUGAAACCCGAUGAAACCAUCAAGUGGAUAAGGUUAAGUCAGGAAAAACACCUCGAGGAGGAUGAGAUAAUCGGACAGAAGAAUCCUGAACGUUCCAUGGAAGAUCUAAUCAAAUUGGUGGUAAAGGAAUCUUCUAGAUCCGUUUCCCCAUCUUUGGCACAUCAUCUGCUGCAUCGCGUUGUUAAAAAAUCGGUAUCUUUAAGUGAUAGAUUUGUAUCCACCAGAGAUGAAAGGGUCAAGUACAUGACCAAAAUGUAUCUCUCAAACCCAGAAUUGGCUGCAGAAAUGGCGAAAAGGAUUAAACCCAUGCCGUACCUUAUUUUAAAAGGUAGCAGAUCCAAUUUUCUUGGUCCACAGAUGUCCGAGGUAAUUGACCUUCUGAGUCGCAAUAAUCCCGAUUUUGAAUUUCACGAAAUUGAGGGCACUCAUCACUUUCAUUUGCAAGCUGCCAAGGAGUGUGCUAGAUAUAUUGUGCCCUUUAUAAGGCGAUACCAUCCUCCUGGCAAAGAACAUGCAAAAGAGAUAUCGAUUGAAUGGAGCAAACUGUAAGCAGCUAAAUAUUAUCAGAAAAUUAUUUUAAUUUUUUAGUAAA